GAAACCGAGCUGCUCCUCUGUGUGAAGGACAUCAGUCACUUCUUAAUGCAAGACAUCGCCUUCCUGUCUGGUGGCCGAGGAAAGGACAAUGCUUGGAUCAUUACAUUUCCAGAAAACUGUAAUUUCAGAUGUAUACCAGAGGAAGUGAUAGCAAAAGUACUCACUUACUUGACAUCUAUUGCAAGGCAAAAUGGGUCUGACUGCCAGUUUACCAUUAUUCUGGAUCGAAGAUUGGACACAUGGUCUUCUCUCAAAAUCUCUCUCCAAAAAAUCUCAGCUUCUUUCCCUGGGAAUUUGCACUUAGUUUUGGUUUUACGUCCUACCAGUUUUCUUCAACGAACUUUCACAGACAUUGGAUUUCGAUUUAGUCAGGAGGAUUUCAUGCUCAAAUUACCAGUUGUUAUGCUGAGCUCAGUUAGUGAUUUGCUGGCAUACAUUGAUGACAAGCAAUUAACCCCUGAGUUAGGCGGCACCUUGCAGUACUGCCACAGUGAAUGGAUCAUCUUCAGAAAUGCUAUAGAAAAUUUUGCCCUCACAGUAAAAGAAAUGGCUCAGAUGUUGCAGUCCUUUGGAACUGAACUGGCUGAGACAGAGCUGCCAGAUGAUAUUCCUUCAAUAGAGGAAAUUUUAGCACUGCACACUGAAAAGUAUCAUCUGUUGAAGAAUGAUAUUACAGCUGUAACCAAAGAAGGCAGAGUUCUGCUAACGAGUCUGGAGAUGCCUGCCCCUGAAGGUGCUGUCAGCUCACGUCUUGACCAUCAUCAGCAAAUAAGUGGUGACUGGCAAACUGUUAAUAAAUUGCUGACUCAAGUGCGUGAUAUGGAAACAGCUUUUGAUGGAUUUUGGGAAAAACACCAGUUAAAGAUGGAGCAGUAUGUCCAACUAUGGAGGUUUGAGCAAGAUUUUCAAGAGCUUGUGACUCAAGUUGAAUGUUUAUUAAAUCAACAAGCGCAGUUGGGUGAUAUAACAGGGAAUAUAGGUCAAGUAAAACAAAAAAUAAAACAACUGGAAAAGUUAGAUGAAAAGUCUCAGGACCUAUUAACAAAAGCCCGGUAUGUGAUAUUGCAUGGUCACAGGCUUGCGGCAAAUCACCACUAUGCUCUUGAUUUAAUCUGCCAGAGAUGCAAUGAGCUACGUUACCUUUCUGAUAUUUUGGUUAAUGAGAUCAAAGCAAAACGGAUACAGCUCGGCAGGAUCUUCAAAAUGCAUAAAUUCCUGCAGCAGGCUCUACAGUGCUGUGAUGAAGGGGAAUGUCUUCUAGCUAAUCAAGAAGGAGACAAGUUUCAGUCUCAAGAAGGUGCUCAGAAAGCACUUCAAAACAUUGAAAAUUUUCUUGAAAUGGCUCUGCCCUUUAUACAUUAUGACAGCGAAACCCUACAGUGUGAAUUUGAUAUGCUUUUAUCUCCUGAACUCAAGAUUCAAAUGCAGACUGUACAACUCAAGCUUGAAAAUAUUCGCAGUAUAUUUGAGACCCAGCAGGCUGGUUUCAGGAACCUGACAGAUAAGCAUGAGAGGCCAAUGGAGUUUGUGGUACCAGCACCAGAAACUUUGAUGGGACCUGGAACAAUGCUUUUUUCACCCAAACAUGUGGGAGUUGGAUACUCUUUCAAGCAUGUAAACUUUUUUUCACAAGGGAAGAAGACUUGGAGACAAAAUCAGAGCAACUUAAAAACUGAAGGGUCGCAUGAUUGUCGGGAGAACAGAAGUUCUGGUCAACCUUCCAGUUUGAACAACGACAAUAGCUUGGAUAUUUUAAAGAACCAUGUCCUAAAUGAGCUGAUACAGACAGAGAGGGUCUAUGUUCGAGAGCUGUUUACUGUUUUGUUGGGCUAUAGAGCAGAGAUGGAUAAUCCAGAGAUGUUUGACCUUAUGCCACCUCUCCUGAGAAACAAAAAGGAUAUCCUCUUUGGAAAUAUGGCAGAAAUAUAUGAAUUCCAUAACAACAUUUUCAUGAGCAGCCUGGAAAAUUGUUCUGAUGCUCCAGAAAGAGUGGGACCUUGUUUCCUGGAAAGGAAGGAUGACUUUCAUAUGUAUGCAAAAUAUUGUCAGAAUAAGCCCAGAUCAGAGACAGUUUGGAAGAAGUAUUCAGAAUGUGCCUUUUUCCAGGAAUGUCAAAGAAAAUUAAAGCACAGACUUGGUUUGGAUUCCUAUUUACUCAAGCCAGUACAACGCAUCACUAAAUAUCAGUUACUUUUAAAGGAGCUAUUAAAAUAUAGCAAAGGCUGUGAAGGAUAUACUCAGUUAAAGGAGGCCCUGGACACAAUGCUGGAUUUAUUGAAGUCAGUUAAUGAUUCCAUGCAUCAGAUUUCAAUAAAUGGCUAUAUCGGAAACCUAAAUGAGCUGGGCAAGAUGAUAAUGCAAGGUGGAUUCAGUGUUUGGAUAGGGCACCGGAAAGGUGCUACAAAAAUGAAGGAUUUUGCUAGAUUCAAACCAAUGCAGCGACACCUUUUCUUAUAUGAAAAAGCUGUUGUUUUUUGUAAAAGGCGUGUUGAAACUGGAGAAGGCUCUGAUAGAUAUCCGUCAUACAGUUUUAAGCACUGUUGGAAAAUGGAUGAAGUUGGAAUCACAGAAUACGUCAAAGGUGAUAACCGCAAGUUUGAAAUCUGGUAUGGUGGGAAGGAAGAAGUUUAUAUUAUACAGGCUCCAAAUGUAGAUGUGAAGAUGUCGUGGUUAAAAGAAAUAAGAAAUAUUUUGUUGAAGCAACAAGAACUUAUGACAGUUAAAAAACGGAAGCAACAGAAUCAGUUAACAGAACAGGAUAAUCUUUCUCCUCAGCAGAAUGAUGAAAAGCAACAGGGAGCUCUUAUAAUUGUUGAGGAAACUGAAUCGGAACAUACCAAUGCUAUGGUGGAGGUCAGUGAGGCAGUCGUGUCAGUUCAGGCAGAAGUAAAUACAGUUUGGGGUGAGAUGUCAAAAUCUGCAGAAAUCUCUGAAGAGCCUGAGGAAUGGUCAAGCAACUGUGUCUACUCUACUUAUGAUGACAAUGAAGAAGAAGAUAGGCCCCUAAUG